AUGUCUAUAGGUGCUUGGAAUGUUAGGGGUUUGAAUAAAUCUGUUAAGCAGAAGGAGGUUAUUGAUGUUAUUAGGAGUAAUAACCUUGGUAUUUGUGCUGUGGUUGAAUCUCAUGUCAAAGUCUUAAAUCUUAAAAAUGUUUGUGUUAAGACUUUUGGGCAGUGGGAUUGGGUUUCUAAUAAUAAUAGCUGUGAGGCUGGUACUAGAAUUAUAGUGGGGUGGAAUCCUAGACUUUUUGAUGUGAUGAUAAUUUCUCAAUCCAAGCAGGUUAUCCACUGCUAUGUUAAAUUUUGUGGUUCUGAUGUUGGCAUGUAUUUGUCUUUUAUAUAUGCUGCUUCGAAUUACCUUGAUAGAAGAUUACUUUGGGAUGAUUUGAAGAAGCAUAGCUUGGUUGUUAAGAAGGAAGCUUGGGGUUUAUUAGGUGAUUUUAAUGUUGCUUUAAAACCUUCAGAAUAUUCUGAAGGUUGUUCUAAAACCCCCAAAGGAGUUGAAGAUUUUGUUGAUUGUUUAAGUUUUAUUGAAGUGGAGGACCUGAAUUCUUAUGGUUUUCAGUUUACAUGGAACAAGACUCCGGCUGGGAAUAUGGGUCUUUUGAAGAAGCUUGAUAGAGUUAUGGUCAAUUUGAAAUUUAUUUCGGACCAUCCUCUUGCCUAUGCUGUUUUUAAACCAUAUAGAAAUUCGGAUCAUUGUCCUGUUAUUUUAAAUUUACCUGUUGAUAAAGUGAAAUGGAAGCCUUCUUUUAGAUUUGCUAAUUUUAUUUCUGAGAAGGAGGAGUUUUUACCUUUGGUUAAGGAGGUUUGGGAUAUUAAUAUUGAAGGUUUCUUUAUGUUUAAAGUGACUCAAAAGUUGAAGAUUCUCAAAAAACAUUGCAGGAAGUUGUGUAAUAAACAUUGGGGUGCUGGGAAAAGAAUUCAGAAGUUAAGAAAAGAGUUGGAAUGUAAACAACAAGAAAUUGACAGUAAUCCUUUUGAUUGCAAGAUUAGGGAAGAGCAUGCUAAUAUUCUCUUAGAUUAUAAUGUUGCUUGUAAUGAUGAAGAAAAACUUCUUGCUCAGCGUGCUAAGAUUAAAUGGUUACAGGACAGGGGUAAUAGUAAUCGUAUUCAGAUGGUUCUGAAUGAAGAUGGCAGAUGGGUGAGUGGGAAGGCUAUGAAAGAUAAAUUUGUUUCACAUUUUAAUAAGUUCUAG